AUUGAUGAACUUAUAUAGUCUUGAAUUGAUGUGCUUAGGAAUUGCUUAGGAAGAACUUGGGCUUAAAAUUAUUGAAGUUGUGUAUACCUUUCUGGCUCCUACAUGUUCACACUGGGCAUUUUGUAAUUGCUAAUAAUGUCUAUGUUCAAGUCAGCCUUAAAUUAUUUCAAUGAUUCAAGUACAGUGCAAAACAAUGAAUUUGUUGGGCAAGUCGUGGAACUUGGGAACGCCAAGAUGCGUGUUAAGAAGCAGAUUGGAGAAGGUGGAUUUGCUUUUGUUUAUGUCGCUCAAGAAGUAACCAGUGGGAAAUAUUUUGCCCUGAAGCGCCUGCUCAGCUCUGAUGCUGAUGUAGACAAGGUUAUAAGACAAGAGAUUGGGUUACUUAAAAAGCUGUCAGGCCAUCCCAACAUCAUCCGCUACCUAACUGCUGCUGCCAUCGACAAGUCUCAGUCUGGCCAUGGCCGGAAUGAGUAUCUGGUUGUCACAGAACUCUGCACAGGUGGCAACAUGGUGGACGUGCUGCGCCUGGCGGGCCGCGCUCUGCCCGCCGACCAGGUCUGCCAGAUCAUGUACCAGACGUGCAAGGCCGUCCAGCACCUGCACAGCCAGGAGCCGUGCGUGCUGCACCGCGACCUGAAGAUCGAGAACCUGCUGAUCGGCGACGACGGUCUGAUCAAGCUGUGCGACUUUGGCUCGGCCACCACUCAGAUGCACUACCCGGACCCGUCUUGGUCGGCCAUCCAGCGCUCUCUGCUGGAAGACGAGAUGGCCAAGCACACGACGCCGAUGUACCGGGCGCCCGAGAUGCUCGACACGUGGAACAACCACCGGAUCGACACGCAGGCCGACAUCUGGGCGCUGGGCUGCGUACUCUACCUGCUCUGCUACAACCGGCACCCCUUCGAGGACUCGGCCAAGCUGCGCAUCAUCAACGGCAACUACACCAUACCGGAGGGCGACACCAAGUACCAGCACUUCCACCAGCUGAUCCGCGGGAUGCUGAAGGUGGACCCGGGCGAGCGUAUGACGAUCUCGGACGUUCUGGAGCGACUGGUGGCCAUCGGAGAGUCGUUCGACCUGCCGCUCAAGGAGCCGCUUCACCUGAAAGGCGCCAAAAUCGACACCUCCGGCGGUCCCGGUGGAGCGGGCGCUGCGGGGGCCCCGGUCCAGGGCAGCCCCCAGCCGGCGCGGGCCGCGCCCGCUCCGCCGCGGCCUGCCCAGCAGAGCGCGCCGCAGGGCUCUCCGGCCCGGCCGCCGCCCCCGCAGCAGCAGCAGCAGGCGCCGCCGGCCGCCGCCGGGGCCUCUGCCGGGUCCUCCGGCCAGGCCGCCGGACUGUUCUCGUCGCUCCGCGGUGGCGCCGGCAACCUGUUCAAAAACAUCGUCGACACCUCCAAGAAUGUCAUGCAAACAGUGCAAUCGUCGAUGGGUAACCGUGACCUGGACAUCAGCUACGUCACGUCUCGGCUGAUCGUGAUGUCGUACCCCGCCGAGGGCAUCGAGUCCGCCUACCGGAAUCACCUGGAGGACGUGAGGGCGCUGCUCGACAGCCGACACCCGGGCCACUACUGUGUUUACAACAUAUCGGGACGCACCUACAACCCGGCCAAAUUCCCCACCAAGGUGGUGGACAAGACGUGCCACCCGGGCCGAGCACCCACCAUCUUCGCUCUGUACUGGCUUUGCCAGGACAUGUACGCCUACCUCAGCAAGGACACACACAACGUCUGCGCAGUGCACUGCAUCGACGGCAAGGCCACGUCGGCCACCCUGCUGUCCUCCCUGUUCAUGUUCUGCCAGUUCUUCACGUCGCCCGAGCAGGGUCUGAACCUGUUCGCCGUGAAGCGGUGUCCGCCCGGCCUGACGCCCUCCCAAAUCAGGUACCUGGGCUACAUGCGCCGUAUGGUGGUCGGGCCGGAGCCCAAGGUGCCGCACCUCCAGCCCGUGACGCUCACCUCCAUCACGCUGCAGCCGGUGCCGCUCUUCACCAAACUCAGCCGCGUCCUGGGCGCCUUCUGGUCCAGUGUCGAGGGCCACCCGUUCGAGUACAUGGGCCCGGCGCUGUACGAGGAGAUGACCUAUGCCGAGCAGAUGCAUUCGGACGGCUGCCGUCCGUACGUGGAGAUCUGGCAGGGAGGCGAGAUCAUCGUCAGCACGCUACAGGACUACGAGAACCUGCGCCACUUCAACCCGGCAGACAGGAAGGUGGUGCUGCCCGUCAACCUCAGCCUGUGCGGCGACGUGACGGUGGUGGUGUACCACGCGCGCCGCGUCAUGGGCCGCGUCACGGGCGUGCGCAUCGCCCAGCUGCAGUUCCACACCGGCUUCGUGGACGAGGAGGAGACCAGCAUCCGCUUCGCCAGGUGUGAGCUGGACGACGUGACCGAGCCGGACCGGUACCCGCCGCAGUUCGUCACCACCGUCAACGUGUUCGUCUCGGACACGGAGAAACAGGCGCGCUUCCCGCUACCCUGGAGCGGCGCCCGGCCGGCCGACAACACGCCCGACGUGCUGUUCGCCAACCGCACGGAGAUGGAGGAGACCCUGGACAGAUUCGCCGAUGUUCGUGAGAUGGCGCUGGGCCGGCCGGCGCGGCCGCCACCCCCGGCCCGUCCGCCGCCGCCGGGCACAGCCGCGGCGCCCUCUUCCAGUCCGGGCCCGCAGCGGAGGCCGCCAGCCGACAUCAUCUCCGGCCUCAAUUGGCAGAAACCGGAGCAGGUGGCAGCGCCGACAGAGCUAUCGGACGACGAGGAGCCUCCGGAGCUGCCGCCGCGGAGCCGGCCCCCCGAGCAGGCGCUGCUCGACCUGGGCACCUCCACCGACGGCGCCGCCCCCACCCAGACCGAGCAGGUCAGCCAGGGCAUCGACCUGCUGGGCCUGGGAGAGACGGCUGCAACAGCGGCCGGCGCCGCCGCCCAGCCGCCGCCGCCGUCCAAUGUGGACCUGCUGUUCGGCGGCGGCCCGCCCGCCGCCGACCCCGCCCCCGCUCCGGCUGCACCGACCACCUCUUCCAACAUGUUCGAUCCGUUCGGACUCAACACGCCGGCACCCAACCUGGCGCCGCCCGCGCAGGCGUCUCCGCUGCACCAGUCGUCGAGCACGGGCAACUUCCGUCAGCAGGCGGCCGCCGACGGUGACCUGAUGGGCGACUGGGGCAGCACGCUGACGGCGCCGGCCGCCAGCGCCAUGCACCGGAACGCGUCGCAGCCGAACCUGCGCACGGCCGCCGGCCAGCCGCCACUCCAGCAGCAGCAGUCGCCCGUCCGGGAUCCUUUCGCCGACCUCGGUAACCUGGGCGGAGCGCGCGGCCCGACGCCCACCUGGGGCCAGCCGUCGCCGGCGGGCUCGCCACACCACGCGGCCCGUCCGCCGCGGCCGGCCGGGACAGCCACCAACGGCCAGCCGGGCGGCUGGGCCGGGGCUCAGCCGCCGCAGCAGCCGGCCGCCGGGCCCGCCCGACCCAACUACUCGCGCAGCGCCUUCGACGCGGCGAACAAACCCGACGACGCGACCGGGACCGGCGGGCGGCAGAAGGUCUCGGCCGACACCUUCGGGGACCUGCUCGGCUCCCAGGGGUUCAACUUCACACCCAAACAGGACGCCGGCCCAAAGACCAUCAACGAAAUGAAGAAGGCCGACAUGGCCAAGGAGAUGGACCCCGACAAGCUGAAGAUUGUGAACUGGACCGAGGGCAAGCAGCGCAACAUCCGCGCGCUGCUGUGCAGCAUGCACAAGGUGAUCUGGGACGGCUGCCGGUGGCAGGAGUGCCAGAUGAACCAGCUCGUCACGCCCACGCACGUCAAAAAGAUGUACCGCAAGGCCUGUCUGGCGGUACAUCCAGACAAGCAAACUGGCUCGGAGAACGAAAAGAUGGCCAAGCUGAUAUUUAUGGAGCUGAACGACGCGUACUCCGAGUUUGAGAACGACGAGACGCAGCAGAAUCUGUUCGGCCACUAGUCGGCGCCGCCGCCGGCCGUCGCAGUGGUGCGUAGAGCCUAGUGCAGUGUAGCGGGCCGCCGAGUGGCCUUCGGGCCCCCGGCGCGCUCAUUUUGUGAUAUACGAGCGUCAUCUCUCAGUCAUUAUCGUUGUUUUAGAGAUUGUUUCUGACCAUUGCCGAGGUUGUUAUGUAUGGGUGUGCGCGGCGCGGCGGGGCGGGCCUGUACCAGCGGCAGUAUUCACUGUACUCCAGAGCAGUCGCCACCAUCAUUCCAGCCUGUGUUCGAGCCGUGACUGAGGGCAGGCCGGUCGGGUCCACUGGCUGCAGGGGAGAGACCUGCCCAUCUGAGGAGAGGACCCACCCCGUCUGCAGGGGGAGGGCCCACUCCGUCAGAGGAGAGGGCCCACCCCGUCAGAGAAGAGGGCCCAGCCCGUCAGCUGGGAGGCCGGUCGCGCUGCGGGCGGUUCCUCGCGUGGUCGGCUCUGUUAAUCGAUGGAUAGUUGAUGGCCGUGUUGUCGACUCGAGACGUGGUUAUUUGUUUUAUAUAGAUUAUUUACCGUGUGUAGCGUGGUGCCGUCGCGAGCUGUGUAGCGCCGCGGCCCGACAGAUGUACGGUGAUCCGUUGGCAAACUAUUCAGCAAUUCCAUUGUGUUGUAGCAAGUGCGGGGCGGGCGAGAAACACGGAGCUUGUGCGGGUUGUGUUACCUCGUUGGAGGUCACUGAAGUGAUCAGACCCCUGACCAUCGACGCCCAGAGAACCCCUUCGCGGGACCCGGGACGGAAUCGCGCCCCUCCUCUCCUCGGCAGCAGCUGUUAUGCACGACGCCAGUCGCCAGCAGUGAGCGCAGGCGCUGCAUAUCCGCGUAUACGGGGCACAGAGGGUGACCGUAGGACCAGUCACAAUAAUCGUCUGUCGCCACGGCGAUCGGAGUCGUGGCUAUGUAGGAGUGAAAGGCGGUGUGCGGACGGACGAAUGUUGUAUGUGACGAGCGGACGGCGUGCGGUGUGGAUGUGACGUGCGGCGCAGCUCCGCCAGCUAUCCUCUCGCUGAACGGCUUCAGUGCUGUCCCUCACCGUCUCUGUGAACUCGCCUGGCGCGGCGCAACUCCCAAUAACGGCACACGGCGUCGGUGACCUGUAUUUGGCGCAGCCGUCGCCGGUAGCUAGCGUCUCUAUCUCUGUGUGGUAUGUAGACAGUGGCCCAUCCUCGUGACACGUCCCUGAAAUAUACCGUAUGAGCAGC